AUGUCUAUAGUUACCUUUGACAAGCCUGUGCCCAAAGUAGCAGAGUCUGAUUGGUAUUACAAAAUAACUGAAUUAAAAGAAUCUUGCGAUGAACAUAGACGUCAUGCAUUUGCAUUGAGAAAUGAAUCGCAGAGGUUAAGGAAUGAUACAGAUGUCUCUACUUAUUGGGGUACGCAUCAUACAAAUUCUAAGAUCUUYGACAGACGCAUUGAAAUAACACGCUGGAAAAAUCUAAUUGAAUUAUGGUAUAAAAACUUACAAAAAGAAAUUAAAGACUUGAAAAUUGAAAAGGAAAAAACUGAAAAAUGCAUAGAAUUUCUAAAUUUGAACUUUGCUGUUACAAAUCAUUGCUUAAGUAUAAGAGAUGAAAGGCGUGGUGCAGAUUUGUGCCAUGAUAUUGCAUCUAYUGAAUUAAAAAAAGAGCAACAUACUUUGGAAAAUCUGAAAAACUUAUUGGCCGAAGUGUGCCAAAAUGCAUGGGAAAUGAUUAACAAGUUAGAAGAGUUGGAAAUUGAUGUUGCCGAAGACUUAGAAAAAAARAAUAAUACAAUAAACAUAGAUAGUGAGUUGUUGGAAAUGACAAAAGAUUCUAARAAUAUCUCUCUCAAACCAGAUCCACUAAGAGUUCCAAAAGAGUAA